AUGGUCUUCUUUCGAAGAAAUAAUAUCAAUUGUGUGUAAACUAGUUCCGAUAUCCGAAAUUUCGAAAACAGCCUAGAAGUUGACAUUGGGAAACAAAAUUAGGACCUUCGGAAGUUUGACUUCCAUUCCGCAAGUGAUGAAGGUGCUGGUGACCGGCGCUUCAGGUUACUUAGGCGGGAGGCUCUGCCACGCCCUCCUCAAAACCGGCCACUCCGUUCGGGCGUUUGUCCGGCGGACCAGCGACCUCUCCUCCCUCCCUCCGCCUACCGACGACGGCAGUCUCGAGCUCGCUUACGGCGACGUCACCGACUACCAGUCCCUCCUCGCCGCCUGCUCCGGCUGCCGCGUCAUCUUCCACGCCGCCGCUCUCGUUGAGCCCUGGCUCCCUGAUCCUUCCAGAUUCUUGAAGGUUAAUGUUGGAGGGUUGAGGAAUGUAUUGCAAGCUUAUAAGGAGAUUGGAACGAUAGAGAAGAUCAUAUACACGUCGUCGUUUUUCGCUUUGGGAUCAACCGAUGGAGAUGUCGCAGACGAGAGUCAGAUUCAUCACGGGAAGUUUUUCUGCACGGAGUAUGAGAAGUCAAAAGCUGUUUCCGAUAAGAUAGCGUUAGAAGCUGCGGCUGAGGGGGUGGCUAUUGUGCCAGUUUACCCCGGAGUUGUUUACGGUCCUGGAAAAGUCACCGCUGGAAACUCCGUCGCGCAAUUGAUCAUCGAACGCUUUAGUGGGAGGUUACCUGGAUAUAUAGGCAAGGGAAACGACAAAUUUUCUUUCUGUCAUGUUGAUGAUGUAGCAGAGGGGCAUAUUGCAGCUUUGAACAAAGGUCAACCAGGUGAAAGAUAUCUUCUCACUGGAGAAAAUGCAUCAUUCGUGGAUGUUUUUGAUAAAGCUGCUGCCCUUACUGAAACAGCAAGGCCACGAUUUAAUAUCCCCUUAUCUAUCAUUGAGGCUUAUGGAUGGAUAUCCGUCUUCAUCUCUAGAAUAACAGGAAAGCUUCCCCUGAUCAGCCCCCCGACUGUAGAUGUUCUUCGACAUCAGUGGGCUUACUCUUGUGAGAAGGCCAAAACAGAGUUGGACUAUAGCCCUAGAAGCUUGGAAGAAGGUCUAGGAGAGGUACUCCCCUGGUUGAAGAGUUUGGGCUUGAUAAAAUACUAGAAGGAAGGAUGCGAUUUGAUGCUAUUGUUUUCUCUAUGCUGGCAGUACAGGUGAAGAAUAAGCAGAAACAAAGUUGGUGAUGACAUGUGAUUCAACCCAUUUUCCCUGUUAAUGAAGACUCGGCAAAAGCAGUAUAUACGAAUACGACAACAAAAUACUACCGAGUUUGGCCGAAACAAUGUAUGGUUUCUGAGUUGUUGACCAUGUAUAACUACUACUAAUGGUUCUGUACCCUCCUAGGCGUGAUCUUGUGUGAGAUAUUGUAUCUGCAUUUGUAUUUGUAUCGGAUUCGAUGUUUGAUCAUUAUUAGUGUUUACUAUUGAGUACUGUUGUAAAUUAUUAAUCAGUAAUGUUGUUGUAAUGAUAGUACGUGAAGGUUUGUAGAUUAGACUUAUUUUUUUUGAUCCGCUUUGUAGACUAGACUUAGAAGGAAACCUGAAUUAUUUUACGGGUUCA